CAGUCCAUACCUGUCAGUCCAUACCUGUCAGCGCAUACCCCUCAGUCCAUACCCGUCUGUCCAUACCUGUCAGUCCAUACCUGUCAGUCCAUACCUGUCAGUCCAUACCUGUCAGUCCAUACCUGUCAGUCCAUACCCGUCUGUCCAUACCCGUCAGUCCAUACCUGUCAGUCCAUACCUGUCAGCGCAUACCCCUCAGUCCAUAACCGUCAGUCCAUUACCGUCUGUCCAUAUCCGUCAGUCCAUACCCCUCAGUCCAUACCCAUCAGUCCAUACCCAUCAGUCCAUACCCCUCAGUCCAUACCCCUCUGUCCAUACCCGUCAGUCCAUACCUGUCUGUCCAUAUCCGUCAGUCCAUACCCCUCAGUCCAUACCCCUCAGUCCAUACCCCUCAGUCCAUACAUCUCAGUCCAUACCCGUCAGUCCAUACCUGUCAGUCCAUACCCGUCAGUCCAUACCCCUCAGUCCAUACCCGUCAGUCCAUAUCUGUCAGUGCAUACCCCUCAGUCCAUAACCGUCAGUCCAUAUCCAUCAGUCCAUACCCCUCAGUCCAUACCUGUCAGUCCAUACCCAUCAGUCCAUACCACUCAGUCCAUACCCCUCAGUCCAUACCCCUCAGUCCAUAACCGUCAGUCCAUAUCCGUCAGUCCAUACCCCUCAGUCCAUACUCGUCAGUCCAUACCUGUCAGUCCAUACCCGUCAGUCCAUACCCCUCAGUCCAUACCCGUCAGUCCAUACCCGUCAGUCCAUACCCCUCAGUCCAUACCCGUCAGUCCAUACCCCUCAGUCCAUAACCGUCAGUGCAUACCCCUCAGUCCAUAACCGUCAGUCCAUAUCCGUCAGUCCAUACCCCUCAGUCCAUACCCGUCAGUCCAUACCCCUCAGUCCAUACCCCUCAGUCCAUACCCAUCAGUCCAUACCCGUCAGUCCAUACCCCUCAGUCCAUACCCGUCAGUCCAUACCACUCAGUCCAUACCCCUCAGUCCAUAACCGUCAGUCCAUAUCCGUCAGUCCAUACCCAUCAGUCCAUACACGUCA